AUUUGAUGACUGAAGUGUCGGAUUUGAAACAUAAUUUAUGUGAAAAACAAGCUAAAAUUGAAUCGCUAGAGUCAGAAUUAGCUACACUUAAAGGGAAUUACAAAACUGAUUCUGAAAGUACGAGAAAUAAACUAGAAAGUAUAGAUAUUAAGCUGACAGGACAAGGCGAAAGUAUAAUAGAGCUCAAACAAUCAACCCAGAAAAUAUGCAAAAAAAUUGACAAUUUGAAAAAAUAUGCAAAUUCUAACAUUAAUGAUGCGGAACGUUCAUUUAAAAACAUUCAGAAUCAAUCGAAUGCUACUAAUCAAAAUUUAGACAAUGAUAGACCUAUGGCGAUUAACAUCGAGUCGUAGGAUCCAAACGAUAAUAGUAAUAAUAAUAGGUCGGAAAUAACAUUUGCUGCGGUGGUAAAACAAAAUGCGAAUUAUUCCCUAGAGUCAAACACAAAAAGAUCAGAUUCAGAAAAUAAUGGAAAUUCACUAGAACAUGUGUUGACUAACCAAAAUCAAUCGGAAGUGAAUAACAAUCAACAGAUCGUCCUCGAGGAUAAUAGCAACUCUGAAUUUGUUGGUGUAGCAAGAAGAGUGGUAAAGAGAUUGUAUCUCGGUGGAGCUCGGGAGGGCGCGACAUCGGAGUUAGUUACUGAAUAUAUGGAGCGUAAAGGUAUUUCUCCAACUGUUAAAAGGAUUUUCAAAAGUAAAAGAAAAGGUACUGUGGCCAUUCGCGUUAAUGUUAAUAGUACGGAUUACGAACGGGUUUUGCAAAAUGACUUUUGGCCGGAGAAUGUGUACGCACGACCAUGGGUAUCACAGGCCAAAUGGCAGGACAAAAAUAAGGAAACUUAG